AUGGCAGAACUUGGAGAAAACUUUAACACUGUAUUGGAAAACAUCGAAAAAGUCAGAAGGAAGGAGCUACUAUACAUGGUGUUUAGCUUUCAGGGCACAGAUACCUCACAGUACGAAAUAAGAGAGCUAAAAAACAAUCCUUCGGCCCUAGACAAGUUCACAGCAAAGAAGGAGAACGACCUGCAGUCGCAGUUUGAGGAGUUCAAAAAACACGUGAAGAGCUACGGGUGCUGCUAUGCCCUUUUUGAUUUUGAGGCACAUCACCAGGACGGGUCGCCCCGGUCUGUCCUUGUGCUCUUUAUUUUAAUUCCGGACGGAUACAAUGUUAAGGAGAAGUUUUUAUACUCGUUCCACCUCCAGCAGUUUAUAGGGAGGCUAAAAACAGCAGUAAAACUUGUGCAAAUCAAUCAGUAUGACGAUCUAAAUUAUGAAAAUAUAAAGCAAAUGUGCCUUACUCUUAAAAAAGCAUAA